CUAUGAAGAGAGGCGUUGGAGACUGGAGAGGUGUUCGGCAGAAGAUCGUGAUGCGAGAGCGGGUGUUACCGGUACCCUUCUCGAUCUCAUCGUUUCUUGGGCACGGAGAUCUGUUGACCGUGCCAUGGAGGGAUUCGCCCAAACAAUUCUGUUUUACAUUUCAAAGAGCAGGAAUAUGGAUUGGGGUAGAAGUGUAGGGGCAUCGGCUUCCAAAUGCAGUCGAGAUUCUUCUUGAGGACCGUCAUUCGUGUCAUAAAUGGACAUGCUUGUUCAUUGUGCAUUCGCUGGAGCCGAUGAGAGUAAUUAUGCCGGUGCCCUUAAUCUGACAAAUAUCUCCUCCUCUCCUUAUCAUAAUGUGGAUAAGACCGGAUGUUACAAGUCUCAGUGGCUGAGAAGGAAGCGCAGUCACUUGGAUGUCUGCAUCUUUCAGGGUAGCACUGUGGAACGAUGCACUGAACCGUUGGAUCACAUACCAACUCACCAAGAAAUAUUUUUAUGUGUGGAGAUAAAAGUCUAUAUCCAAUUCUGGAAUUCAUCCACAUCAGUGUGUGUCGGCAGAUCAUGGUGGCGAGUAUCACAAGGCCAAUUUGAAAUUCGCUUCAGUUAUUCCCAAGAUCUUCCAUUAUUUAGGUACCACUCGUACUAUCAUCAUGUUCUUUAGUUGCUUCUGAUACAUGCAAUUGUCUUAUUCCUUUUAUUCGAUUGCUGAACUAAAUGUUACGAUCUUGAUUUCGAGGUGACUUAAUUCGACCAGUCAUGAUCUGUCACUCCACAUGCAUUUUAUUUAUAAAGCAUAUCUGUUAUUCUUUUUUCGAUAGGAUGGAAAUGGAAUCCUUAAGCGAUAUAAAAUAAAAAUAAAAAAUCUGACCAUGUGCAAUAUGAAAAAUUGAAGGCCACAUCAUCAUGAGAUAGGGGAAGUCUCAAGUCGUUAAAUAUAUUUGGGAUCACAAUCACAAUUAAUAGGCGAAAGAAUAUUUUGUUUUUGUUGUUGUCGUUGAUGAUGAUGAUGAUGAUGAUGAUAUAUAUGCGGUGCAAGCAGCCAAAUUAUGUGGAGACUGGCAUGCAUCGAGUAGUUGUCAAACGGCAGGCACCAUGGGUCAGAAACCUCGCCUCUGCCUUCGGUACCAUGCGUUUCCGCAUACAUCUCCACAAAGAGAGAGAGAGAGAGAGAGAGAGAGAGAGAGAGAGAAGAAGCAUCAUGAUCAGCCCAAUCAGCAGCAACCCGGCCUCAGGGGAUGCAUCUGGCCGCGUGGUCCAACCAUGGUGUCAGCCCCACUGAAUCCAACUUGCCUCUUCGAGGGACCCACUCUCACAUCACCCACACCUAUCCAACCUCCCUUGAAUCUUCGUCCCCAUAGACCUGCCAACAAGUGUCCGCCGUAAACCGCAACAAGUUCACCUGUAAGUCUAUAUAAGCCCCUUUGAGCCCUCUUGUGAAGAAUACGACCCAUCCUCUCCUUCCAAGGCUUGCCGACAAUCUUCUGCGCUCGUCUCUCCGGUUAACUGACUCGGCCAUGGAAGGUAGCUGCGUCGAUGAGGCACCGAGUCACUCGGCGAGAUGCCAACAGACGCCGCCGCAUGCGGGCGAGGCCCUGCAGCGCAUGGGCAGCGGCGUCAGCGCGGUGCUCGACCCGACCCCGGAGAGCGGGAUGGAGGCCGUGUCCAGGAAGCUGUCGUCGUCUCAGUACAAAGGCGUCGUCCCCCAGCCCAACGGCCGGUGGGGCGCCCAGAUCUACGAAAAGCACCGUCGGGUGUGGCUCGGCACCUUCGGCGACGAAGCCGAGGCCUCGCGCGCCUACGACGUGGCAGCGCAGCGGUUCCGCGGCCGCGACGCGAUCACCAACUUCAAGCCUCUCUCCGAGUCCGACGACGACGAGGCCUACGAGCUCUCCUUCCUCGUGGCGCACUCCAAGGCGGAGAUCGUGGACAUGCUGCGCAAGCACACGUACCACGACGAGCUCCAGCAGAGCAAGCGAGCCCAGGGGGGCGGCCGGGUCGUUAGCAGGAGGACGACGCCGAGCUACCUACGGUCGGCUCGCCUGAUGUUGUUCGACAAGGUGGUCACCCCGAGCGACGUCGGGAAGCUGAAUAGGCUAGUGAUACCGAAGCAGCACGCCGAGAAGUAUUUCCCGUUGGAGAGCGGCAGCAGCGUGGCAUCGAAGGGUGUGCUGCUCAACUUUGAGGACGCCGGCGGCAGGGUGUGGAGGUUUAGGUACUCGUACUGGAGCAGUAGCCAGAGCUUCGUGCUGACAAAAGGCUGGAGCCGGUUUGUCAGGGAGAAGAACCUCAAGGCCGGGGACGUGGUCACCUUCUGGCGAUCCACCGGGCCUGAGAAGCAGCUGUUCAUCGACUGGAGGACGGACGUGAUCGCGAGCUUUCGCACGAUGACCCCGCCGCCUACUGUUAACCCGCUUCGGGUUGUGAAGCUGUUCGGUGUGGACAUAUCAAGAUUGCUGCCUGUUAAUGGUGGCGACAGGAAGAGAGGAAGAGAGACAGAGUUGUUUCCACCAUCACAGUUCUUCGAGCAGCAAUUCUUUUGAGGCUUUGUAGUGUCUUCAUAUCUUCCUAAGCUCUGCAUGUUCUGAUC